AUGGAGUCCGAAAAAAUCAACUCAACCCCCGUCCCGGCGUACGAGCAAUACCCCAGCCCAGAAACCCACCAGGCAGCGCCUAUAGUCCCCCAAAACGCACACAUGCAGCCCCAGUCACCCCUCCCCAAAGACCAUCCCCAGCAGCAACCGCUCGCGCAGCUCCCAGCGCCGGGAUACUACGCAGCAGGGCCAGGGAUGGGCCACCCAAGCGGGUACAACACGGCGACGCCGCUGCACGCGCUGCAGCGGGGGCCGACGCCUGUUGACUGUCCUGUCUGCGGGCAUCGGGAGAUGACGCGCGUGGAGGCGCACUCGGGGAAUACCACGCAUGGAUGGGCGGCGGUGCUGUGCUGCUGUUUCUGUCUCGGGUGUGUACCCUACCUGAUGUCGUCGCUGAAGGAUGUCAACCAUCACUGUGGGAAGUGUGGGGUGAUGUUGGCGACGUGGCAUAAUAGUGGGCGGGUGGAUGUGCAGCAUGCGGUUAGGAAUUAG